UUUUGAAAAAAAUCUUCAUCCGACCGUGUUUCAUGUUGUUGAAGUAAUUGUGUUCUGAAUCAUCUCCAACUAUGGAAACAAUAUACCUGCAUCAACUUGCCAUAAAGAAUGACUUAGACGAAGAAGAUAUUGAAAGACCCUCUCCAAAUUUAUGCACGGCACUUCACCUUGCAAUAUUAAAUGGUGAUGUAGAUGCAUGUCGUAGAGAAGUACAAGACGUUGAGCUUGUUAAUAAAAGAGAUGUAAGAGGUGAUUCAGCUCUUCAUUUAGCAGUGCGCUGGAUAACGCAGAGAGGAGAAGAUUUGAUGAGGACAUUGAUUUCUUCUGGAGCAGACAUUAAUGUCCGAAACAAAUGGGGCCAAACCCCGCUGCAUUAUGCCGUUUUUGUGGAAUCCUUGACCAAUGUUAAUUGUCUACUUGCACAGACAGAUAUUGAUGUGAAUGUUGCUGAUGUAAAUGGUUACACCCCCUUACAUUGUUGUUUUCGGUAUAAAUUAGGUGGUGAAGAGGAGGAAGAUAGAGAGAAAAUCCUCAUAAAUGAAGAAGAUAGUUUUCUAGGCAUUGCCGAGAAACUUAUAUCUGCUGGUGCAGAUUUAAAUGCUAUUACAAAAUGUGGAAACAGUAUAUUACAUCUUAUUGUCAGAAGAGAAGAUAAUACACCACUUUUGAAAUUUAUCCUGGAAAAGUACCCAGGAUUCAAUCUUUAUAUAAAAAAUAAUAUGGGAGAGAAUUUCUUGCAUGUAUACGUUACAAGUGAGGUGUUUGAAAAAGUUCAUGAAAACAUUGAAUUUAUCGCAAGACAUUUUCCCAAAGAGAUUGUUAAGACUUUGCUCAACGACAAAGAUAUAUAUGGAAGAGCGCCUUGGGCACACAUGAUCGAUACUGGAAAUGUUGAUGCGGAUACAAUCAUAAGGUUUCUAGAACUAGGCACUGAUGUUCUGGCUACAGACAGUAUGAAAAACACAGCUUUGCACAGGUUAGCUGGAGUGGGUUGGGCAAUUCCUUUCCUUGAGGUAUUGGAAAUACUUAUAAAUGGAAAAAUUGAUGUGAAUUCAAAAAAUGUCUUUGGAGAGUCACCUGCAUUUGUCAUCUUUCUUGAAGAAGUGUUCAGUGUUUUAGUGAAUACGGAUUUGGAUUUCAAUGCAAAAGAUCGGUGGGGUAGGACUCCUCUGAUGUCAGUACUUAAGCAUAGACCAAGGCCUGAGUUGCUCAGGAGGAUGAUUUUAGAAAGAAAUGCAGAUGUCAAUGUUUCUGAUAAAUGGGGUUCCACGCCACUUCACAUAGCAUCAUUUCACAACUUCGAAGAACAAGUAGAACUUUUACUUAACCAUGGCGCUAAUGCCUUUGCUGUAGAUAACUUAAAGGAAAGACCUCUGGAUAUUGUUAAACGUCACUGCAGCUACCGAUGCCACAAGCUUCUCUCUCACACGGAAAAUACUGAACUUCUUUAUUCUCGGGUCAAAUCUUUUGAAGAAAUGCUGCUUGAAAUGCCAAAAUGCAUUCAAAGUUCAGUGAUCAAGUCGAAGGAAAGUAUUGAACAUGCGAUGGGUCUUCCAACAAACCGAUCCGAACUCUUUGAAUUUCUUAUGAAAACAUACCAUGAGAGAACACCGGAAAAUGCAAACGAAAUUUCCAAAAUCCAUCAAGAAGUUGUAGGGCUUGUAAAAACUCUCUGCAGUAGUGUUGCAUCAUAUGAUAAACGAUUUAGCAUGUCUAUUUUUCGCACUGGAUCUUCAGAGGAAAAUACCAAGGUUGGCCCUCCAGACGAAUUUGAUUUUGCUCUGUGCAUUAAUGAACUGAAAGAAAUAACAUGUAUUGUAAUAACAAAAGAAUGCAAAGAAAAGGGGUUUGCAUGCCUUAAGUUUUCAAAGAAUCCAAUACCUGAAAACUAUUUGCAAUUUUCAGACUCCGAAGGAUAUUUCCUUGCAUUUCCAUAUCUUAGCCUUUAUAAAACCUAUCUAAAGAGAGCUCUGAAUGAAACAUCAACAUGGACCAAUGGACACCUAUUUUUCAAUUACGAGGACAAGAUGGAAGUUAUAAGUGGAAAGCCUGUUUUCAACUUUGAGGUUUACUGGAUAGGAUGCGUCUACAAACAGCUUAAAAUCAGCAUUGAUCUGGUUCCUGUUGUGAACACUCCAGGUUGGUGGCCAAAGAAUGUUUAUUUUCCGGAGGUUCCAGAAAUGCACGGAGAUGUUCGAAGGGCAGGAUGUUUUCUCAUUCUUCAGACGAGAAAAAAUGACUUUAAUAGAAACAACCUUAUAGCUGGAGAUGAUAUUUUCGAGACAUGUAACAACAAUCGCGAUGAAAAAACCCGAAGGAUGCUUUGCAUAUCUGCUGCACCGGCAGAGAUAGAACUGAUGAAAACUCUACCAAGAGUAUUUCGAUUGGCUUAUAUUCUAGCUAAGAUCAUGAAAAGUAAAGAAAUUUGUCCAAAAAUUGAAGUCGAUGAGCUUCCAUCAACGCUUUACACGCAUCAAAGUGCCUAUAAAUUGCAUAAGCCACCUCCUAUUAACCCGUCGCAUGCCAUCAAAAGUUACAUGCUUAAGAACUGUACAUUUUAUCUUUGGCUUGAACUGCACACAACAUUCGUGGAGGAGAAUUUAACCAGCACGGACAUUGCUGGUCGACUCUUUCAAUACUUGAUAAAAUUCACAAACAUUCGUCAUUUAAAUCCGUUUUUCCUUCCUUAUUCGGACGUGUUCGAGUUCGAAAAAGAUGAAACCUUAUCAUCAUACAAGGAGCUCUUGCUCCGUUUAAAAAGAGAGUUAAGCAUAAAGACUAUUUUAGGUGUUUUAAAUUACGAAUUCCCGUACGAAUGUUUAUCUAAUCCUCUGCACCGAAUGUAAGUUUGAGUGUAAUGAGAGAAAAAAAGAACAUACCUGCAAUCUUUGGUAAAGGACAAUAUAGUUUUUUUUUU